UCUCCGUGGGGUCUCAGGUCCCCGAUCAGCUUGGGGCCACCCAGGGGCGGAGCGCAGCGGGGACCCAGCUGAGGUCUGCCCCGCCCACGCGGGGCCGAAGCCCGUCGAAUGACUCGGUGCAACGUGUUGGUGGCUGCGGCGGCGGCGGCGGCGGCGGCGGCGCGGGUUCUUCCGGGCUCUGUAGCUUCCUGCCGAGCACCGCGCAGCCGCCACGGCCGCGGGAGCCCCCGGGCGCAGGCCUCCGGGGUGCAAACCUCCGGGGCGCAGACCUCCUGGGUGCAAGGCUCAGGCUUCGGGGACGCAGACCUCGGCACCGUGCGCGCAGCGCACCAUGAGCGCCCUGCCGCCGCCUCCGCGGCCGCCGCUGCUGCUGCUGCUGGCUCUCCUGGCCGCGCCCGCCGUCCUCGCCCGCAGAGCCGAGUCCGCCUCGGCCUCACAGCCCGAAGCGGAGCACCAGCCUCCGCCCAGCCCCGGGAAUGUCACCCGGUUGGGAUCUGGCGUGGCGGGCGGGGGCGGCUCCAACAGCAGCGGCGACGCUGUGGUGACCCGUCUCUCCAGCCUGCUGCGUGACCUGCCCACGCUGAAGGCGGCGGUGAUCGUGGCGUGCGCCUUCAGCGCGCUGCUCAUCGCCUGCCUGCUGCUGCGCGUCUUCAGGUUGGGAAAGAGGUUGAAGAAGACCCGCAAGUAUGACAUCAUCACCACUCCUGCUGAGCGUGUGGAGAUGGCCCCACUGAAUGAGGAGGACGACGAGGAUGAGGACGCCACAGUAUUUGACAUCAAGUAUAGAUAAAACUUUUCGGGUACGUCAGCAUCCUGGGGGAAGCUGGUCAGCUGCAGCCUGGGAUGUGGAGGUCUGGGCACCGUCUCUCACCUGAGGUUUUGAAACCAAACCCACUGUUAUUUAUGAAGCACUGGCUCCACUCUGUGUGUCCAGCAACUGCUUGGAAUGUCACCAUCAAGCUUGUCUCCUGUCGCCUCAGCCACCCCUGGAUGCCCCUUUGAAAUGCUCUUUGCCCUCCUUCCUUGAGGGGUUUUCUACCUUUCUAAGAGGUGAAGAUGGGAACAUCAAUUUCAAAGAAUUUUUCUACAACAACUGUAAUAAUAGUAAAACUAUAAUUAGGAGGAUUAAUAAUUUUAAGAAGCAGGGCAAGGGGGGAGAUAGCUUAGCUCAUAACCUGAUUAGCUUGUGAGCAGGGGAUACAAGUUUUGUCCCUAGAGCUCACAUUAAAAUAAAUCAAAACUCCUAUGAUGACCCACACCUCUAAUUCAGCACUGGGGAGAGAGGUGAAUCCCUGGGGUUGACUGCUCAGCCAGUCUAGCCUAAUGAGCAAGUUCCAGUGAAGACACCUGGUCACAGAAAUGUUGGAUGACUCUACAGGGACAAUGCCCAAGGUUCAUUUCUGGCCUCUACACAUGUUUACCAACAUAGACACAGACACAGAUAGAC